UUUUUCCUGUGUUUUAUAUUACUGCAAAAAUUACCAUUUUCAUAUGUGGUAAUAUAGUAUGCAUUUAUACUAAAAUUAUUAAAUAAAUUAUUAGCCUACAUUAUGUCUCACAACAUCAUAUACCACAAGUAUUUAAACAGACAUAUGUAGUUUACCUUGAUAAAAAAAAAAAACAUAAUAUGCCCAGAAUUACAUGAUGUUAUACAUGUUAAAAACAUACUUGGUCCAUCCGUCACUUUAUAAUAAUGUAUGUAGCAGAUUUUGGUUUCCUGCCUAAUAACCAGUUAUUUAAAAAAACAUAUAAAAAAAUAAAAUAAAAUAAAGCUUGUUUACAAACUAAUUGAUUUUAAGUAUAUGUGAAUCAAUAAGAAGAAAUAUUGUAAGUUGUUCAUCCAUAUUUUACAUUGAAAGACACGUCUUUAUAUAAACUUCCUAGUAUAUUACAAUAUUUUUUCUGCACCAAAACAAACACAGAUCAGUUUCCUUUUCUGUGGAAAAGCCUCUGAAACAUGAUCUCAGUCGAUCAGCUGUUGUUUGAUCACAAAGAAUUUCGGUUUCGUUUCUCGCCUUAAGUUUCGUUUUUCUGUCUGAACGUGACCCUGUCGUGCGUGAGCGGCGCUGCGGGUCCUGAUCAUACAGUCUAUGGUCCUGAUGCGGCUCUGAGGCACAAUGCUGUCGUGGGGAGAGGACUGCCGGCGCGGCUUCUGGCUGAAGGACAGCGCUGACCGGCCGGUCGAUGGAGGAGUUCAGCUCCUCCGUGUCUCCUUCCACACCGCGGAUCUGUCUGCGCGCACAGGCGCUCUGGCUUUCCUCAAAACCAACGGGAACGCGUUUGUCAUGCGCACCAGCGACGGGGGACACGGAGCCAGAGUGCGGGGCAAGCAGAAGUUUGUGAAGUGUAACGAGAGGAUUGAAGCAGUGGCCUGUGGAGAUGAUGAGGUCACUCUGCUGUCUGAGAAGGGCUCUGUGUACAGCGUGGACAUGACUCAGACUCCUUACCUGCCCAGGAUGCUGGAGCCUUUCUGCAGCAUCCCGGUGUCACAGGUUGCUUGUGGGAGCCGGCACACAGUCGCUCUGACCAAAGAAGGUCAGGUGUACUCGUGGGGCCAGAACUCCAGGGGCCAGCUGGGUCUGGGGAAGAAAGGGUCCAGCAUCAGUUCACCCCAACACGUCCGGUCUCUGUCCACCAUGCCCCUGGUUCAGGUCUCCGCUGGGGACGACCAGAGCUUUGCCCUCUCUGUGUCUGGAAGUGUGUUCGGCUGGGGGAGAAACGACUGUGGACAGCUCGGACUGGGAGACAGUCGAGACAGAAAUGCACCAACCUCUGUUGACAGUUUGAACCUGAAGAAAACCGUCAGCAUUUCUUGUGGUAAAGACCACACCGCCGUUUUGACGAAGCACGGCACAGUGUUCACGUUUGGCUCUGGACAGUUCGGACAGCUCGGACACAACUCCUCACGGAAUGAACUCCGGCCUCGACUGGUGGCGGAGCUCUGGGGGGCAAAGGUCACCAGGAUCGCAUGUGGAAGAUACCACACCUUGGUGUUACAAGAAAACAAUAAGAUCUACUCCUUUGGUUGCAACGACCAAAAUCAGCUUGGACGCAGCAAUGAGAGUCAUCCAUCGGUUCCUCUUCCUGUUCUGAUGCCUCAGGACAUUGGUGGAGCCAAAAUAAGAACAAUCUUUGCUGGAGAGAAUUGUUCUUUUGCAGUGUUAACAACAAAUGAGCAGAAACUUCCCAGAGAUUCAAAUUCUGGCAACAUUAAAGCUCCGCUUUGCCUUGAAAACAUGGUGGACAGAUGGACAUCUGAAUCGGAUAUGAAGCUGUUGAAAAAGAUCAAACAGGAAAUUCACAGAACAUUUUCUUCUGCAUCCUGUUUGAACCGAAGCUUCCUGGAGAAAAAAAGAGAUAAACAUUUCCAAACUUCACCAAAGUAUCACGGACUGGACUUGAAACGGGCACAACUCACAUUCAAGAAACUGGUGAAGAAGAAGAGUGUGUGGAAAGAAGUUGAAGCUGCUCUGCUGCAUUUGCUCCCUCUGCUUGACAAGAAUCCAGUGGGGGUGGAAGGUCUGAGGAUCUACCUGCUUCUCAACGAGCUCCUGCGAGCGACCCAGAAGCAAAAUCAACAACAAAGCGCAAAACUGGCAGAAGCGGUCGCUGCAGCUGUGACACGGUUGUCAGCGAAAAACCUCCAGGUCAUAGGGGACUGGUGGUCCUCAUUGAUGCCCUCCAGGAUGGUAAGACAUGUUAAAGUGUGGAAGCAGGCUGUCUCUGUGAUCUUAUCAGCAGAGGAUAGUUCUCACACUCCUGAAGUGAGAAAUCUUCUUCUUGUGCUUCAAUAUAUGCAUGAUGUCAACAACAGAGUGGCAGAGAGUCAGAGGCUGCCAGACAGCAUCUUUUGUUUGAAGCUCAGUGAAGCUUUUCUUGACGAGGAUUUAGUUCGUUGGUAUUUGAGGUCAUGUGGCGUGAUGAUGAUGCCUGAGCCAUGUGUUCUUCCAAACUUUUCCUUUGUUUUGGAUCUGGAAGCAAAGAUGAUGAUUUUUCAGAAUAUAUGUCAAGCCACAAAGGUUGCGAAAGCACUGGAGGAACUUACUAAUUCCCCUUUCUGGAGCUUCAUGUGUGACAUACCAGUUAAGAUGGAAAUGGUUCUGGAUCUGAGGCGAGCAUCAGUCCUGGAAGACACAUUUAAGCAACUGGCUGCUACUGAUCAAGAGAGCUUCAAGAAGCCACUUCAGGUCUUUUUUGAUGGCAAUCCUGAAGUCGACAACUUGUACGUCAAAGACUUCUUUUACGAAGUCUUUCAUGAGAUGGUGUCACCUGAAUAUGGGAUGUUUAUGUUCAAUGACUCUAAAACGUUGGCAUGGUUCCCAUCAAAAGUACCACAAGAGGACCAACGUUUCUUCCUGUUUGGGGUCUUGUGUGGGUUGGCUUUGUACAACCAGGUCAUCGUUUUCUUACCCUUCCCAUUGGUGCUGUUCAAGAAACUGGUCGGAGUCAGACCUUCACUAGAAGAUUUGAGAGAAUUCAGCCCAGCUGAAUACAAGACUCUGGAUUGCAUCCUCCAUGAAUACACAGAUGACGUCCUAGAAAACCUCCUCAUUGACUUUCAGAUCAUUUGGGAUAAAGCCUGUGUUGACCUUGACCCAGCUUUCCCUGAGAAGCCAGUAACAGGUCAAAACAAAAAGGAGUUUGUGGACGCAUAUGUGAAUCAUGCCUUCAACACAUCAGUGAAAAGAAUAUUUCAGGAGUUUGAGAGAGGCUUCUUCAAGGUUUGUGAUCGGGAAAUGGUGAAACUUUUCAGACCAGAAGAGCUGCACAGGGCGUUGGUGGGAAAUGACUUCCAUGACUGGGAAAAGCUGAAACAGAACACCUUGUAUGAAGGGGGGUACGACCCAAGCCACCCCUACAUUGUGAUGUUUUGGGAGGUCUUUGAUGAAUUAUCGGAGAAUCAGAAAGUAGCUUUCAUCUGGUUUGUGACAGGAUAUGAGCGUUUGCCCAUUUCAGCUUUGGAUACAAUCAAAAUCAGGAAAAUCAAUGACAAUAUUGAGGACGGAUACUAUCCAGAGUCAGAGACUUGUUUUAGGUGUUUGGACCUACCUCAAUACUCAUCAAAGGAGAUCAUGAAAGAGAAACUGGUGGAAGCACUGAGCAGCAACAGAAGAAUCAGUCAGUGAUGAACCCUGACCCCUGAACAGAGGAAGUUCUGUUCCACUGCAGAGUGACUGGUGUGUGAAGAGAAUGCAGAAGAUGAUGCACAGGAAACAGCCUAAAGGCAAAGAAGAAGUAGUUUUGUUUAUAUGUUUAAUAACUCAACCAAGACUAAACCCUUUUAAAAAAGUUUUCUCUGCUGUUUAUUGCCUUGGGGGAGUAAUAUAAACAACUGUUUUUUUUUUUUUUUAAUAUAAUGUCUGAUUGGUGUUAAAGAGUUAAUGUCAUAUGAUUUUUUUGUUCCAUUCUUUCCUUUGUGAAAUGUUCACAUAAGUUUGUUUUGAUCAUUUUCCAGCCCUGUUGCUGUAAUUUUCCUCUAUGUGUGUAUUUUUACAUCUAUUUAAGUGUCCAAAUCAUUGGCAGUAUAUAUACUACUGGACAUAUCAAGGUGUUGGCAUCACCCAUUUCUGAUGUGUAAAUGUUGUGUUUUUGUAAGUUGCUGCAAAAUAUAAAAAGUUCUGUAGGUUGCAAAAUAUAAAGAUACAGUGUGUUUUUUAUAUAUAUAAAACUACACAACAAAUAAAAAUGUAAGCAGAGCACCACAAUUAGAAAUACAUUUUAAAAUACAAAGAAGACGCAGUAAAAAAAAAA